AACCAAGCCAGUUGACUAAUGUCCAUCUCAUACCGUGACCCCCCACACUAAACAAAGAAUGAAGGCUGGUUUAGUAAUCAGGAAACAGUCACUGGUUAGGCAAAUUUUUUAAUAAUAGUCCUGUAGUGCCAUUGACGUAAACAUUAUCCACAACAUUUGAAUUUUGUUCAAGCCCUUUGCCUAGCUCAGUCUGCCCACACUACAGUAGAUGGCUCACUUCAGGAAAAAGUCUGCUUCGACAGAGGACUGGCAGACGGCCUCGUCUAUUUAUGACUUCUCUGCAAAGGAUAUUGAUGGCAAUGAGGUAUCCCUCGAGAAAUACAGGGGCGACGUUGUUAUCAUCGUCAAUGUUGCCUCUAAAUGAAGUAAAACCCCAGUAAACUACUCUCAGUUUGCGGAGAUGCACGCGAAGUACGCUGAGAAAGGUUUACGCAUCCUGGCCUUCCCCUCCAACCAGUUCGGGAGACAGGAACCUGGCACUGAAUCUCAGAUCAAGAAUUUUGCCAAGUCCUACAAUGCUGAUUUCCCAAUGUUCAGUAAGAUCAAUGUGAACGGGCCCAACGCCCACCCCAUGUGGAAGUGGCUGAAGGAGCAGCCCAAGGGGAGAAGCUUCCUGGGAAAUGGCAUCAAGUGGAAUUUCACUAAGUUCCUUAUCAACAGAGAGGGCCAGGUUAUGAAGAGAUAUGGACCGAUGGGUGAUCCCAGCGCUGUGGAGAAGGAUCUUCCCACGUACCUGUAAUUCUUCCAUCACUGACUGUCUAAUGCACUGAUACUGCAUCUAUACCUCCCUCUCCGGUGAGCCAAUGCCUGGGAGUGGGUCCAUUCCCCAGACCAGUGACAGUCUGUCCGCAAACCAGCCUGGCUGGUAGGACAGACCUGAUGAAAACGGCGUGCAACCAAUCCCCUGGGAGGACCCGCUGUAGGCAUAGCCAGCCAGCACCGGAGAAGAAUCCUGACCCCCUGAAAAUAUGAUCUUAGUGUCAUAUUCCAUAAUAAACGUAACGCUUUUGUGCUAAUUCUGUUGUCCAGUGUGUUUAUGGGGAAUUAUAUCUUUCAACGUAAAAAACAAGUGUAAACGUGCUUCAGCCCAGCUAUAACAACAAAAUAAUCAGGUGCUUGACUGACUGAGGGACUUAAAUUCCCCAAAACAUUAUACUCAAUUUACUCACACUUGUUUUUAAUAGCCCAUGUCUAGUUGCUAUCAUUUUGACAUGUUUGAUUGACAUGGCGCGUGGAGGUUAUGGUGCCUCUUACCUUUUCCUACACAAGGCUUGGAUGAAGGUGUUAAUGUCGAAACGUAAACCUGUUUGUAUUUCCCGUUAAUAAAUUAUUCAGAUUUA